ACAUCUUCCUAGUCGAUUCAAUUGAAUUUUUCAAAAAAAAUCCCUUGUUGAAAACAUGCUGCUCACUGCCCUAGUAUCGGCCGUUCUUCCACCAGUCCACUUACUGGCUUACUCCGCUUUGAUUGGAACGGAACUAUAUCAGACCUUCGUGGUAACGAAGAUUACUUACAGGGCGUUGCCUAGACCGGCAUUUGUGGGUUUGCAAAAGCAACUUUUCCCAGCCUACUUCAGGGCCCAAUCGUUGCUUUUGCUUGCCGUCGCGCUGACACGUCCACCUUACGGACCAUUCUCGUCAUUCGGAGAACCGGCCAGCUGCAUUCCUUUCACAAUAGCCGGUGUGACUGCAGGAUUGAACUUGGCCCUGUAUGGGCCUCGAACUAGGGCUUUGAUGAUUGAGAGGGCAACGCAAGCAAUACACAAUUCAAAUUUGCAUGGUGGUCAAGGUGGAAAGAGUGAGAAAAUGCUUAUGCUGGACAAAGCGUUUUCUCGUGCUCAUGCAAUGAGCAUUCAUUUGAAUCUAAUCACAAUUAGCGCAACACUUUGGUAUGGGUGGCAGCUGGCUUCAAAGCUGCAGUUCUAG